AUGACAGUUGUCUUCGGUCAAAUUGUUGUGGGUCCACCAGGCAGUGGUAAAACAACAUAUUGUGCAGCUAUACAAGAUUAUUUUAAUAAAUGUAUUACUGAUUCGAGUAGUCGUCAUAUUUAUAUAGUUAAUUUAGAUGCAGCUAAUGUUGAUAUGCCAUAUGAAUGUGCAAUAGAUUUAGUUGAUUUAAUAACAGUUGAUGAUGUUUGUGAUAAUCUUAAUUUAGGUCCAAAUGGUUCAUUAAUGUAUUGUAUUGAAUAUAUUGAAAAUAAUAUUGAUUGGUUAUUAAAACGUCUUCAAUUAUUAAUUAAUAAACAUUCAUCAAUAUUAUCUCCACCAUAUAUUCUUUUUGAUUGUCCAGGACAAAUUGAACUUUAUACACAUCAUGGUUCAAUACAUCGAAUAAUUGAAAAAUUAUUAAAAAAUCUUGAUUUAAGACUUUGUUGUGUUAAUUUAAUUGAUUCAUAUUAUUGUUCAAAUUCAUCAAAUUUUAUAAGUGCUUUAUUAACAUCAUUAUCAAUGAUGUUACAUUUAGAAUUACCUCAUGUAAAUAUAUUAUCAAAAAUUGAUCUUAUUGAAAGAUUUGGUACAUUAGAAUAUAAUAUUGAUUUUUAUACAGAAAUAUUAGAUUUAUCUUAUUUAAUGAAAAAUAAAAAUUUUAAUAAAGAUAAAUUUCAACCAAAAUUUGCAAAAAAAUAUAGAAAAUUUAAUAAAGCAUUAUGUGAUAUAAUACAAGAUUAUAGUCUUGUUUCAUAUAUACCAUUAAAUGUUCAAGAUCGUCUGAGUAUUGAAAAAGUAAAUAAUACAAUUGAUAAAGCCAAUGGUUUUAUAUUUGGUCAUUUAAAAAAUGAUGAUUUAUCACAACGAACUAAUUUAAUGUCAAAUGCUUAUGGUGUUGAACAAUUUGAAUAUGGAAAAACAGCAAAAAUUAGAGAAAAUUAUACAUUUGCUGAUAAUGAAGAACUAGAAGAUUGA